AUGUUGUGGACGGGCAGCCCUCGGCCCCUGCACCCCGACGACGACAGGACGGCGCUCCACCCGCCCUCCCCCACCCCCAGCCCGGAGGACGCCCCUCAGUGCGGGGACGCCAGCCCCCACCAGGCACCGCCGCAGCAGCCCGCCGCUGCAGCAAACACCCUCCCCCGCCCCGCGUCGCGGCGCCGCUCCUCAGACGGGAGGCAUUCCCUGUGCACCUCCCCCGAGGACGCGGCCCGCUGGGGAGGCUGGGCGGGCGGCGGCGCUCGGCCCCGGGACCUGUGGGGCGCCGCACCGCUGCAGAACCACUGGGCGCUCCCAGCACAGCGUGACGCGGAGGAUGGUCACAGGGGCGAGGGUGAGGCCUUGGUCAUGCACGAGUGCCGGCAGGAUGUUUCCGAGCCAGACGAAGCCGAGGGGCGGAGUGAGAACCAGCUGUUGGCACCAACGCCAGCUGAUUCCGUCCCGACCGGCCUUGACAACCCGGCGCUGGAGCACACUGACGAGGCCUGCACCCCGCCACCACCCACGCCCCAACUCCACGCCCCGGCAGCACGGAGCACCUGGCCAACCCAUGGCCCACCCCUCUGUUCACCCGCAGCCCCCGCUCCCCCGUGGUGGGCAGCCACCCCCUGUUGA